UCAACACGCCGCGCGUCGUAUGGAAGGUGCCCGCACAAGACGAUGACAAGAUGGUGCCGUUUCGACGGAAGAAGAGCGCUAAAAGUUUUCCAGUCAAAGUCAGCUCGUUGGACGCGGAGCUAGAGUUUAACUUAGAAUGGAACGCUACCGGUCGCGAUCUCUUCGACCUGGUGUGUCGCACCAUCGGCCUCAGAGAGACAUGGUACUUUGGACUGCAGUUUGAGGACUCAAAACAGUUCAUCUCAUGGCUCAAGCUGGACAAGAAAGUGCACGAUCAGAUCCUGCAGAAGGACAACAAAUCAGCCGCGAAUUUCAUGUUCCUUGCCAAGUUUUAUCCGGAAGAUGUCGCUGAUGAGCUCAUCCAGGAAGUGACACAGCAUUUGUUCUUCCUGCAAGUGAAGCAGGCAAUACUCUGCAUGGAUAUUUACUGCCCACCAGAGGCUUCUGUCCUGUUGGCAUCAUAUGCUGUACAAGCAAAGUUUGGCGACUUUGAUGAAGAAGUAUACAAACCUGGUAUGUUAGCACGCGAAGAACUACUCCCCCAGCGUGUGAUCGACCAGUAUCAGAUGACGCUGGAGAUGUGGGAAGAACGCAUUCGCGUGUGGUACGCGGAUCAUCGCGGAAUGUCCCGCGAUGAAGCCGAAAUGGAGUACUUGAAGAUCGCGCAGGAUCUCGACAUGUACGGCGUCAAUUACUUCCCGAUCCUCAACAAGAAAGAAACCGAGUUGUAUUUGGGCGUGACAGCCGUCGGGCUGAAUAUCUACGAGAAAGAAAACAAACUGCAACCGAAGACGACAUUCACCUGGGCCGAGAUUCGACAUAUAAGCUUCGAUGAUAAAAAGUUCAUCAUCAAACCGGUGGAUAAAAACUCGCCGAAUUUUGUAUUUUUCAGCCAGAAGGUGCGCAUGAAUAAGCUGAUACUUGAUCUGUGUAUUGGUAAUCAUGAUUUGUUUAUGCGCCGGCGGAAACCUGACUCGAUGGAGCUGCAGCAGAUGAAGGCGGCGGCCAAGGAGGAAAAACAACGCAGACAAGUGCAGAGAAAUCGUCUAGCGAGGGAGAAACAAUUGCGAGAGAAGGCGGAACGUGACCGAGCCAGUAUGGAGCAGCGACUUCUGCAGUAUCAGGAGGAAACGCGAUUGGCAAAUGAAGCGUUGCGUAGAUCUGAAGAAAGCGCUGAUUUACUAGCGCAGAAAUCACGUGUGGCUGAAGAGGAAGCCAUGUUAUUAUCACAGAAAGCAACCGAAGCAGAACAAGAGAUAACACGUAUGAAGAUGAGCGCGUUGCGAUCGGAAGAAGAAAAAGUUACGCUGGAGAGGAAAACGAGAGAAGCUGAGUUGCUCACAGCAAGACUCGUUGAAGAGAGCGAGCGACGCGCGUUGGAAGCGCAGAAGUUAAAGGAAGAGUUAUUACGAGCGCGCGCUGCAGAGAAACAAGCCAAGGAGAAGUUGCUGGAGUUUUUAUCGAGACCUGCAGCGCCCUCCUCUGGUUUAUUAUUACCACCAACAAGUCCCUUAUUACCGAUGCCGGUGAGUUUAACUUCGGUUCCUCCGGAUUUACUCGAGGUGGAAUCGGCGGCGUUGGCGAGAGCAUCGCCUGAUUUGAACUUGAAUGUGGCCGCGUAUGAUCUGAUACAUCACGUGGAUGCUGAUCAGUUGUCGCUGGAGAUUGAGAAGGAGCGCGUUGAGUACCUGCACAAAUCGAAGCACCUCCAGAAUCAACUGCGUGAGCUGCGCAGUGAGAUUGCUGUGCUGAAGGUUGGCGACAAGCAGGCUGCUGAUCAUAUGGAUAAGUUGGAUAGGCUGCAUGAGCAGCAGGUGCAGCAGGGCGAUAAUAAGUACUCGACGCUGCGGAAGAGUAAGAGCGGUACGACCAAGUCGCGUGUGGCUUUCUUUGAGGACCUUUAGUUAUACCUGGUGACACUGCCGUCCACGUUUGUGUGCCUUAACUAUGAACAAAGACUAUUAUGACUAUCGUAAUUACAAUAAAUCUAUUUACACUUCA